GUAGUUUCAGGACGUCCGUCUGAGGCGGGGGAAGUGACACUGAGCUGGAUAAUACCUAGUCACUGCAACACGCUUUCGCGUCCUCGACCUCGUCAGCGGGGGCAUGAUCAUGAUGUCUUGCUCCUCGGCGUCCUCAUCGUGCUGCUUAUCUGAGCCGCCUAGUUACUGCGUUGGCCAUGAUCCUCCUCUGAAGUCAGCGCCCCAUGACAGGAACGCGGGCGCGUUGUCCCACAACGAUCCUGGAGAUAGAGGCGGAGAUACUCGUAUUCCGGAGCGCCCGAGAAGAGACGGGCCUGAGAGAAGGUCGACUGUUGAGUACAAGGAUGUACUAACUGGAAGACAGGAUGAAAAGAAGUCGAGUACAAGAUCUUCGUGCUGCCACAAUAGGUGUAGUAACACAGGGCUGCGCGCACGAGACCGAGGAAAGGCGGAACGCCAACGGACUAAAUGUGGGAGAGCAUCACUUCUGAUCCGCAGAAUACGCAAGUUGUUUUGCCGAUACGGACCAAAAAUGCUGGUUCACAAGUUCUGCUCCCAAAGUAGUGUGUGGCGUAGCCUUCGAUGCCUGACUCGGAGAUGUCGAUGCAGGCCGAUUGUAACAAGACCUACUCCUGGCCGUAAAGCCAAUCAAGGUGUAGCAGGCAUUUUCUGUUACAGAAAUCCUGCGUUACUAGAAGUUGUACUCUGGAACAACAACAAAAACACCUGCAGAAGGAGAAUACUGAAGAGAUUUUGUGCGGGAUUUUUGGCCUUGGUCGCAAUUUUCAUGCUUGUAUCUGCGGAACAAGACUUUGUCGACCGUCUGAUGUGGUUGAUGCCCAGCAUGAAAGGACGAAACGCUGGUUGGAUAGAACUCAGGGAAAGCGCGCCUGUCUGCGGCUCUGAACAGGUGACACCUCUGGAGGCGCAUGCGACACGUCUAGUGCAGGAAGAGCGUGACACUGCAAGUACGCCGCUUUACACACACAGGACGGAUUGUGAUGAAGAUGUUGGCGAAACGCGGAAAAGGAGUAGCAAUGGACUACGUGGAAAGUGGGACUAUGCUGGUGACUCGACACUACGCAUACGCAACCAAGAGCGACCGCACGGAAAGCAAGCCGAUGCUGCUGCUAGCCGCAUGCGACGAAAGCACAUAGGAAGCAGCAAAGUAUUCUUGCCCCACUUGCACUUGGCGAGCAGCAUCUUUGCGUACGGACUGAAACUCGUAGGGGAUUGUCUAUCCUUCUUUUCCAUAGUUGCGGUUGAAAAACGCUCGAACGUCUCGAAGCCGCACGAGAUGAAGAAAGCAGCUGCGCUUGUGUCAGUUUUCCCGAGUCUCGUGAGCUCUUUGUCGCCGCAUGGUCCUGCGAACAAUCAUUCUCAAACAGCUGUAGUUACAGUUUCGGGUCUUCGAUUGCAUCAAUUCCGACCUGAAACGACCUCGUGGGGACGAGAAUUAACGCGAAGAAAGAUACCAUUCGAAUUAUCAGGCGAACACAAGCUGAAGAUGGAUGCUGCCGGGAAUGAAGAGAAGCAUAAGAACAGGCGUAAUAGAAGCAGGCAGCACGAAUUAGAAAAGAAACGCAACAACGGACCACGAACUUACAUUGAUGAAGGAGUCGCCGACGCCGAGGCCCCAGCACAAGAAGAAAUGUCAGAAUUUGCAGUUGAGCAAGAUUCUUUCAGGAGCAGUGUUGCAUCUCUUGUACGCGUAGUGAGAGUCAGCGUGCGGGGCAUUAGUGAUCGAGCGCGAUUGUUCGAUCGAUCCCUUUCUCUUCCCGUUGCCGUCGCAGCGGACGUUGUCGAAAGCGCAUCGUCUGAAGUGGACGACCCAAGAGCAAUGGAUGCCGAGUCUGCGACGUCACCAUCUGAGGGACAGGGAGAGGACCUUGAAAUUCCCCAAACAGAAGCUCUGUCUUCAGAAGACGAGAUGGGAGCAGUAGAAGCACCGCCAGUAGAGCAAACAGGUAGCUCAUUGGGUGAUCAGGACCACUUGGAUCCCCUUGAUCGGCUUCAGAUACCUUUGUUUCACGGUAGCGACAUCGAUGAUCAGAAGGAAAUUGCGGGAAUGGCUUCGCACAGUUCGUCCGGGAAUGAGAACGGAGACUGCAGUGCGGACGUGAAAUUGGAAAUCUUUCUGGACUAUGAAUCGCCGCCUCGUACACCAGACGUCUGCUCUGUGCGCUUUAUUGGUGCGGAUGAGCUCGCAAAACAAGGUGAAACACCGGGCUUUGACUUCUAUUUCACGGACUCGCUACACAAGGUUCCCUACUUGGGAAGAAGAGACAACUGGUUCUUUCUUGAGUUAUGGCAAUUGAGAAAUGACAGGUAAAAGGAGAUGCAGCAAGUACUUGUAAGCGUGUCAUGAGUAACAACUUUAUCUAGUGUUGCACGUGCUUCGCACUUCCAAAUCCAAUCGUUACAUGAGAAUUUGAAUUGCAAAAGUGCAUGCUUGCGCUCCUGCCGCACACAUGAUCACCUAAUUACAACUGACUAAGGGUAGAUGCUCUUGUCGAUGCUGAACAUCCUUUCAAAAAAACCCUCGCUCUUCAUAGUCGCGGUUCGAGCGUGACUACUGGCCGCUGGACGAGCUGACGAGUAUUGAUAUGGACGCCUUGAUGCGUAAUAAGACGAACAUGAUUUCGAUGCUCGCGCCAGCAAUAGCGGAGCACGAGCCCGAACGUUUGAGUUAUCAGUUUCGGAUGCUGCUGCAGCAAGCGCAGAGAAUCUUUCCCCAGCACGUUUUUUUCGACGACAAAACGGACGAAACGUAUAAGCGGUCGAUGGAUCCCUACCGGUUCUGCAUGAUCUUGGACGACGAGCUGCCACGAGUUUCAAUGGCCUACCUGCGCGCCUUGCGACACCACUGCGUUCCGAUCUUUAACGGAUUUAGCGACUUCGGGGGCAUGUUCUAUGACGCGGUAAUGCCGUUUGAAGACCUGCUGAACCUGCCAGCCUUCCUGGAAAACUUGAACGACCUGGAUCACCAGAUUGGCGCACUGUGGAGCUACCAGCGCACUCUACAAGACAUGCUCUAUUACCGGUACCGACAGGGUUUCACUUAUGGACGGAAAAGAAUUCGCACUUCUUCUUGUGCGCCAGGUGCUUCAUCAUGUUCUAUUUUUUCGACAUUAGAAGUUGGCUCUAACUCUUGUCGACACUGAAGCAGUACGCAUGCACAAUUUGCCGCAUGCAUCAAAUCCGCAAGCAGACACGAAGAGACGCACCUCUGGUAUUCGUUGGCGUCUAUUCUGCACUAAAAAAUUUCCAGAAGCGAAAUGUCCUUCGGUCCACGUGGCUUCGUGUGCUCAAGCGAUUUGGUAUCCAGUACAAAUUCUUUCUCAAUGCUGACAACGCUGUCGUACGGGCGGAAAACGACCAGUACGGCGACAUGAUCUUCCUAGGGGUACUACACUGAUUCAGUGAAUAGUUAGUGUCGCGUGUCUGCAGGAGAGAAGACUGUAUUUCGAAAAAUGUCUCCUGCGCUUUCUAAUGGCAAGAGUUUGCGGAUACGUAACAGCAGGCUGAAAUAAUUAUUACAGACGGGUGUGAUCAGGCCAUAAUUGAAAGGAAUCACACUCUGCCGUGGACGAGAAGUAGAUAUUUCACAACCACGAAGCGCGGCUGCUGUUGCUCGUCAACAAAAGCCAUAUAAGCAAGCUUAAACAGAGUGCGAUCUCGCCGUGAAAUGAUUAUUUAUUAUACGCCCCAUUGCCACGACAGACUCGUCAAUAUCUAAGUAGCAGCAGAGAAAUUACAAAACAGUAACAUCUUUCAGGUAUCCGAAGGUUAUCGAUUGAAUUCGCGGAAAGGUCUGUUGUUCCACAAUUGGAUUGCGGCACACUCGAACGCAUUAUACUUGCUCAAGAUUGACGACGAUAUCUACUUUCGGCCAGCUCCUUUUCUAGAACAACUCCGUUUCAAGAGCCCCUUCAUUUAAGGCAAAGUUAUUCAACACUAGAAAAGCCUUCAGCUUUUAUCUUCUGACGAGUGCCGACUCUCGUCUGGUCGGACCUCCAGCCUAGUUUUGGGUAGACAAGUACUAAGCAGGCUCUACUCCACCUGCAUCAUGAACGUGGUUUAGCCAUCCUUUCUAAUUCGCGUACAUCUGGGGCUACUUCGACUACAUUUCACCCGUGCCACGGGAUCCCUCGGAUCAUUUCUUCAAUCCACCGGAGAUCUAUCCCUAUGAAAUGUUUCCCCCAUAUCCACGUGGUGUAGUGCGCAUCGUGUCGAUGGACGUGAUUCGGCGGUUCGCGGAACUGGAUAGACAAGGCAAGUUGCGCACUAUUUUAUGACAACGAAGAUAGAUGCUCGUCUGAAACUCAACCUCAUAUGAUAUCAUAAUCUCACGAACAGCAAGAGCAAGUAAAGAGUUUUGUUAUCCCCAUCGCCUCUCUCUAAUGAUUUUCGGCGACGAUCCAAAUAUGGGAGUACACAUGCGGCACAUCGUUUUCGACCCCGAUAACCCGAUGAGCCUCAACCUCGACGAUAUCGAUUCGUACAAAGUCUUUGCUAUGAAUCCUGAAUGCAAGAUUUUAAACAAUACCGAGCCAGAAAUCGACCCGGAAAAUCCAAGCAGCACGAAGAAGGUAUCAGAAUCGCUAGAAGCAGGUGAAGUAUGUAAGUAGCAUUUUUUUAAUUCUUCAAAUCCUCCACAUCUAAAUCUUCUACUUCCUCAAAGCUUUCAUACCUAGAUGUUCUCAUUUUUUUCAAAACUUCGAACGAUACGUCAAGGAAGUUUUCAAUUCUACUAAUUUUCGACCUCUCAUUUUUGUUGGGUUUCAGACCUUUCUUUUUUUUUGAAAAUCUGAAUUGCCGCACCUCAAUUUUCUAAUUAUUGGAAUCUUCAAUAUCUUUAUCUAAAAUUUUCGAGAUUUUCAAAUCUUCUAUAUUUGAAUUUUUUAUGGUUAUCAAAUCCUUCGUAUCUUCUGAACUUUAUGAUUUUUUUAACUCCUCCAUACGAUUUUUUUUUGAUUUUUUCAUCAACCUCUCAGAAGUUCUUGUCAAUCUCUUCUUCAAGAAAUAAAUUCAUUUAAAACAAUAUAAAAUCAAAAUUUUUGUGAUUUCACUUGAGUAUACCAUUCACCAUAACCCUCAUUCACUUAACUUUGUGAAAUUGAAAUUUGAAUUUGGAGAUUUUGAAAUUGAGUUUGAAUUUUCGAAUUAAAAUUUUACAAAUACUCUGUAAAUAAAUAAGAUUGUUUUUUUUUCAAUUCAGGUGAAGCAGUGGUCGCCCAUGACGAAUCGAAGCUGGGUCUUCCAUCACGUGAAUCACGAGCAGAUACAGUGCAUGUGGAACACUGAUGUUGCUACGGGCUACUACGAUGCUCAGUAUUUGUAUCCAAGGAAACUCAUCCGUGAGGGCUUUCCUAAUUUGUGCCCAUGCAUAAAGGAUUACGGUAGUUGGCGCACUCGCCGAACGGAGCUAGAGGCGUGGGAGGAAGACCGUCGACAAAAUCCUGUGCUGCAAAUAGAGGAAGAAUACGAUCCAAACAAACCAGCGUGGGAAAUGGCACACCCAAUGGCAUGAUAAGAUGAGAGACAGUGAUAGAGAACAUGUAGUCUGACUCUCUUCAUAAAAAGCAUGUACUAAAACUCGUAGUCAUUCUUGCAGUAAAAAGAGAAAAGUGCUGUUGAUACAGUAGGGAUUAAAUUUGACAGUGACCCUAUCCUGGUGUAAAUUGCUCGUAUAGCAGUCACACUCCCCUGCAGCUCCACAUUCUCAAAGAUCGAGUGCGCAUCCGAGGAAAAACGAAAUUUCACUUUGACAUCCCUACUUAACGCAAAAGCCGUCCGGUUUCAUUUUUUCUGGUGCAGAUAACUACGUUAUGAUUGCGGUUUUCCGUCGCUGUUUUUCACCGUGUUUCUGAGCCUAAUGGGAAGGGCGUCGGUUGUCGCUGGUCUCGUAUUGCAACUUGUUGUGCUUUUGUUGGAUAAAGUUUCUAUUGGUAUUCGAGGAGUAGAAAACAUAAUAGAUGAUAUUACUUAGCACCAAAGAUGCAGUGCUUAAUUGCAUCAAGCUAAGUCCAUACUAGAGAAUAAAGCGGGCAUUCAAGAUUGGAAAUUCAUCUUUCUUAUGCGUAAUCAUCAGGAAAAGCAGCUCUCGCAACAUUCGUGGAAGCUUUGUUGAUUAUGACCAGCAUUGUGAUCAUCGCGAAGGUCAGAAUCAAGCGGAAGAUCUCGGCCUUUACCGCUC